UGUCUUUCCUACAUGUCAAAUAAAAAUGUAGUUUAGAACACUCUAAAUUAAAUGGUUGGAUUAUUACAUACCAUAGCGGUGAAAUUAUAUAUAAAGAAAAAAGUUAAUUUAAGAAUGAUAGUAUUAGUGAUUUAAAAUGCAGCCACUUAUAUCACCUGUCGAUCAUGAAUCUCGACACAGUUCAUAUCAUGCUGAUGAUGAACUCCAACACCCGUCGGAGGACACGCCGCUCCUGCGUCGCUUUCCGCGUGUGAGCGACACCGCUAACGUCGUCACGGCCUGUAUUGUCAGCAUGAUGAUUCUUUUGCUGCUAAGUGGAUUUGCGAUUGGCGUUUAUCUACUGAUAUUGCAAAGCGAUGCAGAUAAUAUGUUGCCUCCGAUCGAGAUGCCUCUAUUCGUGGCUCGAGCCCAGUGGGACGAAACGAGCCCCGCGCGUUUUGAAGAUGAGGAUCAUUUGACCUUCAAAGCAAAGUCCGUGGUGAUCGAACAGACAGACACGGGCCAGUGUCAAGGGAAGGAUACUUGCAUGCAACUGAUGAGAGCAAUGCAGGCGAAAUUGGAUGAUAAUGAAACAUUGCCGUUUAACUUUGCGGUUUCUACCGAUGGAUUUAUCUACGAAUGUCUCGGUUGGGAAGAGCCGUCACCACUGUAUCCGGACCUUAAUGGCCUUGUCAUCGCAUUUAUUGGUAAUUAUACUGUAGAGAAGCCUUCGACCAAUCAACUUGAAUCGGCGUAUAAUCUAAUAGCCGUUUCCUUAGCCAACAAUUACCUGGAAAGAAAUUUUGUAUUCACUGGCAAAAACGAUACGACAUUAGUCGUCGGUUAUCUAAAGAAGGCGUUGACCGAUUUGGGUAGAUCAAAAUUACAAAGGCUAAACUUACUGAUGCCUAAAGUAUACAUGUUUAAAUCGGCCAAAUAUUAAUAAUUGAAGGAUUUUAAGCCUUUUAUUAUAUAAUAAUCAUAUAAAUAUACUCAAAUUUAUUGGAACCCAUCUCUGGUCGAAAUUGUAGGGAUAUAUUAUGUGUCUACACUUUUUAAUCUAAAUUUAAUAUAUACAUUAAAAAAUUAUAAGAUGUAAUAUUUCGUGUCCGUCUGUCUAACAUUGCCUUCGGUAGUCCUGUUUAAUGUAAACAUUUCUCCAUAUGAUGUAAAAUAUAAGUCCAUACUACGCGCACAGUUGUCGAAACUACGACUAACUGUACGCAUUACAUUAUAUAUCAUAUACAAGCCCGAAGAAAAAUAAAUGGUAAUAUAGGAUAAGUGUUUCGUUCCGUCUAAAUUUUUAAAGAUUAUAUAAAAUAAAAUUAUUUUACUAGAAAUAUUCCAAUACAGAAACAAAAACGGAACUUAAUAAUUAUUGUUUGUUUCUUGACAAAAUGCAAGCCUAAUUAAUUAUGAUUUCGAAGUGUAAAUCUUACAAUUUUAUAUAAUAAUUUUAUAUAAUAAUGAUGUAUAAUUUUUAAUUAAGUAAAAUAUUUAUAAAGUGUUUUUUAAAGAUAAUACUAUUUUUUAAAGAUGUUUAUUAAGUUUCGUUAAAUUCAUUUUUUAAAUGAAUUCAAAUAUAGUGUCAUAAUAAUAACAUUAAUUAUUAAAAUUUGGUGCUCAAAUAUUUGAAAACAUUCAAUGUAUCUUAAUACUUUGUAUAAUAUACUAUAAUCAUAUAUAUACAUACAUAAUAAGUUAUAAUAUAUAAAAUAUAUAUUUUAAAUACAUAACAUUCAUAAAAUGACUUAAAAAUAAAAUAUAUCGAAGCAAUAUUGUUAAUUUCAAAUUUUGUAUAACUUUAUUAUAUUUUAUAUAAAUGAGGGGAAAUAGUUUGGUGAUCAAGAGUCAAUAAUAUAUAUUGAUUACAUUUUAAAUUAUCACGUAACAAUAAACCGGUAAACAAAAAAUUCAAACUUUACAGGCAAAUCGUUCACUCAUCUGUGUUGACUCCGAAACGAAUUUCUAAGAAAGUCCAUUUAUUUGACAAAACAUAGAUUUCUACACUAACUAUAAUUCCAAUCGAAAUAAGGAGUAAAGAUAAACAAACCUUACAUUUACAUAUUCCAUGCGAUUUGUUAAUAGUUAUGCCGUGAUGAAUUUACCUUUAUUUAUUAUACAAUAACCUUACUAAGCUUUUUUUUUUUCUCGCAGUGGAAACCUUCAGAAAGGUACACUAAAACCACUGCGAUGGCCGUCCUCAGCAUGGAUCGGAGAGGCUGCGGGAUCGUGUUGACAUAACGCAUCCGUGGCCUCUCCCGUGCUUUGCUCCACUCGUGGCUCAGCGGAGCUCUCAUGGGAGGGCCAAGACGACGCCGUCGUCGUCUCCGCCGAGCAGGAUUGGCCCUUUCCCGUUGCCGCUCCGCCCUCUCCUUCUGAACCAUGACGGUCUCACAGAAGGAGGCUACAGCCAUCCACGCCGAUUCCCUGCGAAGCAUCACCGACACGAUUGCUCGCAGGGACAGGUCUUGUCCGACUUCACGGAUCAGGAUCUCCCUCUCCGCACUCCACGCGGGGCACACCUCCAAUGUAUGCUAAGCGGUGUCUCGGUCCGCGCCACAGUGGUGACACAUCGCCGUCGAUUCGCGUCCGAUCUUACACAGGUAUUCUCCAAAACAACCGUGACCGGUCAUUACCUGCGUAAGUCGGAAGGUGACUCGUCGCUUUCGUCUCAUCCAGGCUUUCGCAGGCCUGGCUGGCAGGAUCGCUUCAACGACGCGUUUGCGUGCGUACCGUUCUUCACAAAGACGGUCGCGCCACGUCGCAAGAGCGCUCCGGUGUUCCUGCCGCUUCAACGCCUCGAGCGCACUCGAAGUGGGCUCGCUUUCACUGUUCUGGCGGAGGAUGCGGGUCUGUUGGUAGACCUUCACAUCCAUAUCCGCCAGAAUAUCCAAGGGCGGAAAGCGCGCUAGGACGGUUGCCGCCUCGUUGGAUAUCGUGCGAUAACCGCGCACUAUGCGGAUGGCCACUCUCCGCUGCGAACUUUGGAUCUUAGUCUCGGUCCCCCGAGAUUAGGCAGCAGUCUGUGCAUGGCUUCCGCUACUUACUCGAUCCGGGGGGCUAGGCGCUCGAAGUGCUCCUCGAAGCCCCAGCGACCAUCCAGUGUGAGGCCCAGAUAUUUCAUGUACCACAAUCUUACUAAGCUAACCUUUUUUUUUUAUUUAUUUAAUUUUUUUUUUCGAGGAGGAAAGGCAUUUACGCCUCCCGCCCGGACACGACCGGGACGGGUAUGUAGGACUCACGGAGCAGAAGGCCACCGUCCUACCCACUAAAACCUCCUCGUUUCCGCCUCACCGCAUGGUGGCGGGGUUACGGGAACGCGUUAGCACACCACCGCGACCCCGCCUGCGGCCGUCGCUUUGGAUGAGCGACCCACCGGUUGUUUUUAUUGAGGUUUUCUCCUUUUGGCCCGGCCGGUGAAAGCAAGACCCUCGGUCCCACCACAGGCUGGCCCCUGGGGAAACGAGUUUGAGAAGGCGGUGACCGAAGUCUGUCCACCCAGCAUCGGCACCGAAACUGGGCGAACCCGCCUCUCCCUCCUCCUUCUACUCCUCCUCCUGUCUCCGGCAGCCCGAAAGGACUCCGGAGACCAACUCCUCCUCUCUCUCUCCGGCGGCCCAAAAGGACCCCGGAGUCCUCCUACUUGCCACGAAGCCGCUCGCUGGUCCACUCUGCGCAACAGAGAAGUACCAGGAGCGGCCCGCGACACUUCCGCCGCGUCAGUCUCAGCCCCGGUCGAAAAGCAAUCCCAUUGCCCAGGGUGCACCACGUGGAGGUGACUGACAUGCACCCCGACUGACAUGCACCUUUACUAAGCCAACCUAACCAAACUUCUUAUAUUUUACUUACUAACUAUUACCACUCUAAUUUUACUUCCAAAGUUUCAAUUACAAGUUCGCGGACAUUCAAGAAGCCGAGAUGCCCUAGUGGUUAGAACGCGUGAAUCUUAACCGACGAUCGUGGGUUCAAGCUCGGGCAAGCACCACUGAAUUUUCAUGUACUUAAUUUGUGUUUAUAAUUCAUUCCGUGCUUGACGGUGAAGGAAAACAUCGUGAGGAAACCUGCAUUUGUCUAAUUUCAUUGAAAUGCUGCCACAUGUGUAUUCUACCAAACCCCAUUGGAGCAGCGUGGUGGCAUAGAGGAGCCCUUAGCCCAGCUGUGGGACAUUAACAAGCUGUUACUGAUACUGACUGGACAUUCAAAACGGCAUUUGUUGGCGAAUCUACAGUGAAAAACCAAUGAUGCGAAGGCGAAGUAAACCAAUGAUGUCGCGUUUAUUCUAUGUAAAAGUUGUUUGUUUGCCUUUACUCCUCUUGUUGUUAGGCUAUACGUUGAUUUAUUAAUAAUCACGAAUAGCAUUAGGAUUAUUGUUAACAUUCACUAGUGUUGCUAUACUUAUAUAUGACUGAAAUAUAUAUUAUAAAUAUAAAUAAUCUGUCUAAUGUUUCAUGUUAUUUCAUUUUGCUAAUUAAAAAAAUGUAUUGAUUAUUAAUACCGGAAAACGAAUGCCAAAAUGAAUUUCAUUUAUAUAAUUAUUUUUGCAUCUGAAAUAAUAAUAUAAUAUAUAAUAAUAAAAAUAUAAAAACCUAACAUUACCGGUUUAUUGUGUGAACUUUUGAAGGCUUCGAUUUUGUAUGUUAUUUAUUGUUUAAUGUUAAAACUCAAUCGAAGUCGUGUAGAUUUUAGAUUAUUUUAUAGCUUAUUUUAUGUAUACAAAAUAAUCUUUAUAAAGUGUAUUUUUUUCGUAAUAUAAGAGCAAAAUUUUGAAACAUAUUUGUCACAUUAACGCACAGAAUAAGCUAUAAUUUACACUAUUAUAAAUGUAAGAUAAAAAUGUUAGAGAAUUUGAAUAAAAAAAAAAUAAUGUUAUAGUACGUAUUCUUGAUCCAUAAGUUUCUAUGAUUUGUUUUUAAACACCAAUAUGGUUUUGAUUCAAUAACGUUAAUUGGUAAUAAUAUGGAUUUAUUUUUAAGUCUAUUUUAGUGUACCACGGAACUGAUAAAACGUUACUAGAUAUUACGAAACAUGAUAAUAUACGUAUUACUUCGAUGAUUAUUAUCGUAUUUCAAAUGUUACUCACAGUUAAGCCUCGGUCGGGCGGCUGACGGGGCGGGACGACGAAGCAACGCUGACAUGACGAUUGCGAGUGUUGUUCUAAGAGUAUAUUAGUAGUCACACAAACAGUGGGGCGUGGCCUUCUUCUAUACUAACUAGUAUAUUACAGAUGCAUACGCUCCAUUGCCGUCCCGUCUCGCCCACUGUCUGACGAUGCCAUACAAUUAAAGUCAUGUAUGUUGUUAUAGUUUUAGUAAGCUGCAAAUGUGGGCGAAUUCACACGUUAAUUUAAAAUAUAAUGGUAAUUGUGAUGAAA